GCCUGGAAUCUCUUGGCUGAACAAGCCCUCUUAGACAAAGUACCCGACAGAGGACUAACCUCCACCGUGUUCCGCCAUGUUCAUCACCAACACCACAUCAUCGUCGUGCCUCACGCCAUUGGAGCGCUCUACAACCAUCCCGUCGAGUCUCUGUUGCUUGACACGCUACGAGGCGUAGUCAGUCUGUCAAUCUCUCGAAUGACUCCAAAAACUGAGGCCAUCUUCCUCUUCUUCGCCACGUUGAAAGCUGUGGAUGAUCAAUGUGGGAUUUGGUUCCCUAGAGGCUAUCUCAUCCAGCGGUUGUUUACCAACAGUUGUGCCUACCAUGAUGUUCAUCAUCAAGUAAGUGGUGGGAGGUACAAUUUUUCUCUGCCGUUUUUCCCCUUCUGGGACAAGGUUCUGGGGACUCAUAUGCCCCAUGUCGUUUUGAGGCGUCCCGAAGGAGGAUACGAGGCAAAGAUGGUCAAAGACUUGGUAAACUACAGCUAG